AUGGUCAUUCCCGUCGACGGCCGCGUGCUGGCGCGACAGGCAGGAUCUGCAGAGCAGCCUGUGGCGCAAUGGCGUCAGGCCGACUUAUGGGGCUGGCAAGGCUGCCCCACCGGGUGCGGGUGGUUCUCCGGGGGCGGGCGCGCGGGCGCGGCGCUGAACACGGGGGAGACGCUCGACCGGGAGCCGACGAGGGACAAGGAGAAGCCAUGCGAGAACCCGCGGCCCGAGGAGUCGCGCUCUGCAGGCGCAGGACGGCAGCGCGGGGCGAGCACUGCCGAGCUUCACCGUGGGCCAGGUCAUGUCGACCACGACGGCGUAGGUACAUCGACGAGCACGGGCGAGGCGGAGAUGCGGCCCAUGAUGUUCGGGAGCUCAUCGCUCAGCAGGGCCCGCUGGCCGCACGGGGCCGCAGCGCCCGAGGCCAGCUCGCGCUGCGACAGGUCGGCAGCGGGGUCUUUGGGGCCGAUAGGCCGGCAUCUGGUCCAUGGUCAUGCGGGCCAUGUGGUCCUGGCCUACGACAUGGUCUGUGCCUUCCGGGACAAGCAGCCCAUCGUGCUGAAACUCUACGGGGACCUCUUCCCGGAGCUCGGCCCCGACGGCCGCAUCUCGAAGCGGGAGCUCAGCCCCUCGGAGGCACUCGAGCAUUUGGAGGAAGAGCGGCGACUGGCCCACGUGGCGGCGACGCGCGCGCAGAGGCGGCUGGUGGUCACGUACGUGCGCGGGUUCUCGAGCAGGCUCUCGCCGUUCGAUUGGAAGCCUCAGGACCCGGCCUUCCGGUCCAGCCUGCCGCUGCCAGAGCCAUUGCUCCCGGAGGGCGCGCCGAACGCCGCCAUGUGGCUGCGGAUCUCGCCGAAGGCGGAGGACGAGCCAGACUGGGAGCACGACUGCGCGCUGGUGCACAUGG